UAAAGUGUUGACAGUCAGAUCCUGUAGACUUGUUUGUGGAGGAUUAAACACCAGAGAUGUAACUAUGGAGCACAAAGUAAAAGAAAUGUUUCACCUUUUUUUUCUGAGCUUUGUUUGUCUUGCUGUAGAAGCACAGAAACCAGAGUGCCUCAUUACUGCCCCAAAUAUAAUUCAUCUGGGUGUAGAGGAGACAGUGAGUGUUCAAGUGCACGGAGCCAACAAAGACGUCAACGUAGUUCUGUACUUCAAGGAUAUGAAAGACGUCAUAUCUGAGAGAAAAACUGUGACAUUAAAUGAAAGAAAUCAAUAUCAGGAUGUGGUGAGACUUAGGGUUGACCCCACACUUUACAGCAAUGACAAUAAAAAGAAAGACCCAUAUGUCCAACUUGUAGCUGAAAGUAGAGACCUGUUUGUUGGUUCCAAGAUGGCAAACAUCCUCCUGUCAACCAAAAAGGGUUAUAUUUUUAUCCAAACCGACAAACCCAUCUAUAAUCCAGGAGAACAAGCGAGGUAUCGGAUCUUUACUCUAGAUAACUACAUGCUUCCCAUUAAUGAUCUCAUCCAUGUUCAAAUAUUUAACAGCAAAGGUCUGCAAGUGCACAGUCAUAUUCUGAGAUCUGAACAGAUCCUGCAGAAAAGUGUCACUAUUCCAGAUGUGGAGCUGUCUGGUCACUGGAAGAUCACAGCCUACUUUAAUAACUACCCAAAGUUCAGCACUUCGGUCGAGUUUGAGGUUCGAGAGUAUGUUCUGCCCUCAUUUGAGGUAAAGAUUCAGGCACGAAAACCUUACCACACACUGAACAGCGCAAGUUUUGCCUUCAGUAUCUCUGCCAGGUACACCUAUGGGAAAGGUGUAAAUGGGGUAGCGUACGUACGAUUCGGACUGGUUGACAGUAAAGGAGAGAGAACAUAUCUACUAGGCACUGAGAAACAGAUCACAGUCGAGGACGGCAAUGCAGAUGUCAUCGUCUUCACCUCUGAAUUAACGAGUGCCGCAGCCAAUCAGAGCAAAGCACAAAUAGAGGGACUGAACCUCUACAUAGCUGCUACGGUCCUGGAAAAAGCAAGUGGAGAACUGGGGGAAGCUGAGAGUUCCUCGGUGAAGAUCGUGACCUCCCCAUACAUCAUUGAUUUGUCCAGAACUAAGCAGUAUUUCUCUCCUGGUGGCAUGUUCUCCAUUCUGGCUACUACAACCUUCCCAGAUGGUUCCAGAGUUCCUAACAUGAAAAUAAAAGCCACUGUGGCUACAAAUCUGGUUGAAACACUUCUGACUAGGACGAGCAGUGGGGACAGCAUGGGGAACAUCGUCAUCACCUUCCAAGUCCCAUCCCAGACAGAAGAAUUGAAUAUAAUUGUUCAGCCUGAUGAAAGUGAUGGAGAUAUCAUAAUAACUGAGGCAAAGUUGAAGUCCACUGCAAUAAAGGAUGAGGGGGGCAGUUACUUAAGUGUGGAGCUGCAGCAUCAGAUCCUCCAGCCUGGACAAAACCUGCAAGUUACAUUCAGAGACAUCACUCAAUCUGAUAAUGCAAGACCUUCACACAUCUACUACCUGAUUGUGAGUAAAGGCAGAACGCUGCAGGUAAACAGGGUGCAGAGAACCGAGCUGACCUCCAUAAACCUGCCGUUUGCUUCUGACAUGGUGCCCUCAUUUCGGCUGGUGGCCUACUACUACACCCAACAGGGCAAAAUAGUGGCCGACUCCGUGUGGGUGGACGUAAAAGAUGUGUGCAAAGGAAAGGUAGAAAUAAUUCCUUUCAAUGAGCUGAAACCUGCACAGUAUUUUGAUGUUUCAAUCAGGACGGAUGCCAGAACUAAAGUGGCUCUCAGUGCAGUGGAUUCAGCUGUGUACAUCCUCAGUACAAAGGAUAAACUCACCCCUCAAAAGAUGUUUGAGUACAUGAACUCGUAUGAUCUGGCAUGCUCCAUUGGUGGAGGAGAAAACUCCCAGUCUGUUCUGGAAGCCGCAGGACUUACGUUCAUCUGUACCUGCACAGAGAUGGCACCCAUAGUGACAGCGCAUAAAUGUUAUGAGCAGCGUGAUCGACACAAGAGAGACCUCAGUGCUCUCGUCAACAGCUAUAAGUUACCAGACAGGAAGUGCUGUGAGGAUGGAAGGAAGAUGGGUCUGACCUCAAAGUCAUGUAAAGACAGGUGGAGAUACACAGCACACAAGAGCCAAAGCUGUCGGGAAGCUUUCCUCAAGUGUUGUGAGGCUGCUACGACGUUCAGGAAGAAAGCUCUUCUGCAGAGAAGAAUAAGCGGCUUAGGAAGAACAAUCAACAGUGGAAAAGAGGUAGAUGAGAUUGAUGAGGCCUCUGUGUACCUCCGCAGUUUCUUUCCUCAGUCCUGGAUGUGGACGAUCUUAGAGGCAGAUGCUUCGGGCAACAUCAGGCAUAACAUAGUCACUCCUGACUCUGUAACCACAUGGGAGGUCCAAGCUGUUGCUAUUUCUUCAACACAAGGUUUUUGCAUAGCAGAGCCAGAGCCACUGAAAGUCUUCCAAGACUUUUUUAUAUCAGUGAAACUGCCAUACUCGGUGAAGAGGAACGAACAGCUCGAGGUGAAAGUGGUGGUUUACAACUACAAGCAGCAGAGUUUAAAGGUGACGGUGAAGAUGAAGAAGGUGGAAGGGCUGUGCAGUGCAGGUGGAGAAGAUGUGGUGCAGCAGGUCACAGUGGACGGUCAGUCUGCUGUGUCGGUGUAUUUCACCGUGGUGCCUCUGAUCAUCGGGAACAUCCCCAUCAACGUGCUGGCAUACGCCUCUCAGGGCAUCAGUGACAAGAUAAAGAAACAGCUCCGAGUGGUGGGAGAGGGUGAAAUAGUUUCCAUCUAUACAGAACAUAACAUCAAUGCACAGAAUAAGAAGCUGGAAUUUGACAUUCCAGCCCCAGAGGAUGAAAUGCUGGGAGAUGAUUCGAGAACAAUGAUGAGUUUUAAAGGCGGUGUGAUGGGGGAAUCGGUGAAUAACUGCCUAAAUCUUGAGGGGGUGAAUAAUUUGAUCCAGCUGCCUAAGGGCUGUGCCGAGCAGACCAUGGUUAAGAUGUCUCCCGCCAUUCACGCCAUGCGCUACCUGGAUGCCACCAACCAGUGGCUCGCACUGAAAGCAGAACGCAGAGAGGAGGCCGAAACGAUGAUCCAAGCUGGUUAUGACCGGGUUCUAACAUUCAAGAAGGAUGAUGGUUCGUACGGGACUUUCCGCCAUUCAAAAAGCAGCAUGUGGCUGACGGCCUUCAUUGCAAAGGAGCUGACAGAAUCAAGGGACAUUAUCAGAGUCAAUGACUUGUACAUUCUGCAGGCCUUGACCUACCUGAUAGCAAAACAGAAAGCCAGUGGAGCGUGGGACGACCCCAAUCCACUCCUUGACACUGGAAUGAAGGGUGGAGUUGGGAAAUCGACGGACGAUGUGCCCCUGACUGCAUUCAUUCUUAUAACUAUGAAACAUGCAAUAAAAGUGUAUGAACUGGGAACAGACACAGUAUUGAGAAUGGCUAUGGAGAAGGCCAGGUCGUAUCUGGUUUCGCGUUCAGCCACAUUGGAAAGCCCUUAUGCUACGGCCAUUACAGCAUACGCACUGUGUCUGCACAAUGCUCAAAGCCCCGACGCCCAGCAAGCUCACCGGAAGCUGAUCAACAUGUCAAAAUGUGAUAACGAACGCUGUUUCUGGGAUGUCAGAGAAAACAUGACAGACGUGGAGAAGAGAGCAGAUCCGCUCUCAGUGGAAGCCGCUGCGUACGGCCUGCUGUCGACCGUAGUUAUGGAAGAUAAACCGAAUGCUCUGCGGGUUGCGACCUGGCUCACCGAACAGCGCAAAUACGGCGGUGGAUUCCAGUCCACACAGGAUACAGUCGUAGCCCUGGAGGCUCUGUCCAAAUUUAGCAUACAAAACAGCGAGGUGGAGAACCUGGACCUGUCUGUGGAAAUCUGUGUAAACAACAAGGAUGUGAAGAGUCUACGUCUGAACAAUUACAACGCGCUGACGCAAACAGCAUUUGAAGUAAAAGAAGUGGGUAAAGUGGUUCUGAAUGUAAGGGGCCGAGGAAAAGGAACGUUAUCGAUUUUACAGACGUACAGAUCUCUGAAGAAUGACCUGUCCCACUGUGAUCAGUUUCACCUCAGUGUUAAAGUGGAUGGAGAGCUUGAAUACUUAUCCAGUGAUGAAGAUGAGGAGCAGCUGGAUGAUUACUAUAACUAUGACAGUGAUGAGAAGAGAGAUGAGGGCAUGAGCAGGAUGGACUGGUUUGAUUUGCGCACCCGCCGUAAGAGACAAGCUCCGGAAGAGCCCAAAAAAGAAAACAAACUUUUGUAUACAGUGUGUGUCGGGUUGAGAAAUGGAAACUCCAGUGGUAUGGUCUUGGUGGACAUCUCACUCCUGAGUGGACUCACACCAAACAUUCAGGAUCUGGAAGAUAAUGCAAAGGGCACAGAGAAAUACAUCGACCAUUAUGAGAUCCACAACAACAAAGUGUUUCUCUACUUCGAUAAGAUCACAGAGGAGGAACAGUGUGUCCGCUUCCGUGUAGAACAGAUCAUACCUAUCGGACUCAUCCAGCCAGCAGUUGCAGUUGUCUAUGACUAUUACAAUCCAGAGAGACGAUGUGCUGGGUUUUACACUGCACCAAAAAACAGCCCGAUGCUGACCAAACUGUGUGAAGCAGACGUGUGUACAUGUGCUGAGGGUGCCUGUCCACGCCUUAAAGUCACCUUCAGUAAAAAUAUGGAGAAAAACACCCGGAAAAAUUAUGCCUGCUUCGAACCCAUCGUCGAUUAUGUUUACACAGUCAGGAUCCUCAAAUCCAGCAAUGAUGGUGUGUUUAAAUCUUAUUCCGCAUUGACCACUCGAGUGCUUCAGACAGGUGAACAUGCUGAAAUCCAAGAAGGUUCAGUACUGGAAAUAAUCCAGCGCUUUUCAUGUGAUGAUGAUGUGGACGUGAAGGUUGAUGGAGAAUAUCUGAUAAUGGGGCAAGAUGAGAGCACCUUCCAGGCAGACCAUAAGAGACGCUUUAGAUACUUGCUGGACAGUAAGACGUGGAUCGAGGAGGUUCCACCAGAGAGAAAAUGCAAGUCCUCCAAGAGCAGGCCUGCUUGUCAGCUUCUCACAGACUUCAUGGAAGAUUAUGCACUAAACAAGUGCUCAGUGUAGAAGAACCCGGUCCAGAAUAAGUUUAUUCACACAGAAAGCAUUUAAAACACGACAGUGAGCUCAGUAAACCGUGUGCUUUUAUUAUCAGUGCAUAUGACCAAGACAAAAAUGGGUUUGUAAAACAGCACAAUCAAAACUUUAGUAGAAGUCUGAUAUGAUCUCAUGAUUGCUUCUCUGUUCCAGGUGUUUGGUAAUGUUAGAUAAGCAUGGAUUUGUUUCUUUAACGUUAUGAGAGUAGAAUUUCUAAACUGAACAGUUCCUAAAUGUACUUUAUACUACACAGAAUAACCUAACGAUCAUUGUGCUUUAACAUAAUACUAUCCGGACUAAACUCAGAUCUCUGCUUUAACCGUGACGUUACAUUUCUCUACUGAUAUAUGAUGUAUGAUACACAGAGAAGUGCUUUUCCAUCAAUGCACCACACAGUAGUUCUUUAAUGCUUUGGAUAUAAAAUGGAAUAUUAACUUCACUACAGUUUAACAUUUGGAUUUGUAGCCUGAGUAAAGAGGAUGUGAAACCGGUUCUUAUUACUAAUAAAAAUAUUCAAAUAAACUGAACAGCUUGAUCAUGAACAUGUAAUCCAUGUAAUCAUUUACAGAGUGAGGGCUCAUUUACACCAAACACAAUGUGAGUCAAAUCAAGAUUACAUGAGCGGGUUUAGCUGAGAAUUCAGUGGCACCUUUGCAUUCUCAGUUCUUUGUUUGUUUAUUAGGAUUUUAAUGUCACGUUUUACACUGUGGUUACAUUCAUGACAGAAACGGUAGUUACUCAUUACACAAGAUUCAUCGGUUCACAAGUUUAUAUCAAACACAGUCCUGGACAAUUUUGUAUCUCCAAUUCCUCACUUGCACAUCUUUGGACUGUGGGAGAAGAUCGGAGCUCCCUGAGGAAACUCCACACAGAAAGGACCCGGACCGCCCCACCUGGGGAUCGAACCCAGGACCUUCUUGCUGUCAGGUGACAGUGCUGCUACCACUUAGCCACCGUGCCACCCGCAUUGCCAGUUGAAUUUAGGAGCUGGCUGUAAAUGUAAACUGGUACCACACUGUCAUGCCAUAUUACCAAGGUUUACCCAUUAAAUGUAAUUUCUGUAUUUCUGUA